AUGGUCGAGUCUCUUACUCAUAGGAUCUCUAAACAGAGCUACAAGGUGGAGGCGCCUGCUGCCGACGCGCCUCUCGACGUGCUCAACGAGUACUACUGGACAAAAGACGCUGAGCCCCAUGUCAGAAAGCUCACGGGUCACGAACCCAAGCUGAAAUGGUAUGUGAUGGCGGUGGUGGCGUUGCAGGUGGCAACGGCGGUGUACUUGCGGAACACCCAUCCGAUUUCAUGGAAGUUUUUCGGUUUGGCCUAUGUGAUAGGAGCCACGGCUAACCAGGCCAUCUUCCUCGCUAUCCAUGAAUUGUCCCACAACUUGAUGUUCAAGAAGCCUUUGCACAAUAAGCUUUUUGCCAUCUUCACAAAUAUUCCUAUUGGUAUUCCCUACAGCGCCUCGUUCCAGCCAUACCACCAGUUGCACCACAAGUUCAUGGGCGACGAGUACUUAGACACGGACUUGCCUACUUCGUUAGAAUCAGUCGUAUUGUCGAAUGUCUUGGGCAAAGUGUUUUUCGCCACGUGCCAGAUCUUCUUCUACGCCUUGAGACCGAUGUUCAUCACCCAGAUCAACUUCACCUACAUUCAUUUGAUGAACAUCGUGUUCCAGGUUUCUUUCGACGUGGCGCUCGUGAAGCUCGCUGGCGUCAACAGCUUGCUCUACUUCAUCAUGUCGUCCUUUUUGGCCGGCUCCUUGCACCCCUGUGCUGGCCAUUUCAUCGCCGAACACUACGUGCUCAACGAAAAUAACGUUCCUCGGGCUGGCCACGAGAAAGAAGGCAAUCUCACGCCCGAGCUUGUGCCCGCAGAGACAUACUCGUAUUACGGAACGCUCAACUUAGUGACGUGGAACGUGGGCUACCACAACGAGCACCACGACUUCCCCUACGUUGCAUGGACCAAGCUUCCAGAGCUUCGCCGGAUCGCAGCCGAGUUCUACGAUCCUUUGCCAAAAGUUGACUCGUGGUGUGGCGUCAUCUGGCAUUUCUGCUUCAACGACGUCAACACGUUGUGGAACAGAGUCAAGCGUACGGGCAAGGAGCGUCUGGGACGGAACGUUAGCGGGUUGGACAGGAAUCAAAAUUAG